CUUUGCAGAGGGCCGGACUGGGUGAUCCGGGGCGGGGCCGAGCCGCUGGACUACGGGCCGGGGCGGGGCUGUGGCCGGUGGCCGGCGGUCGGCGGCGCCGCUGGUUCAGGUGCUGCGGCGGCUCCACGUCGCCAGCGGCCAGCGGGCUGGAGCUCUCGGAGCUCGGCCCGCGGCUAGCGUGAGCCCAGGCCGGUCCCAGAGUCCCGAGCGCCGGCUCUUGGGAUUCCCGAGGCCAUGGCGGGGCCGGGGCCGGGGGACCAGGACGAGCAGUACGAUUUCCUGUUUAAGCUGGUGCUGGUGGGUGACGCGAGCGUGGGCAAGACGUGCGUGGUGCAGCGCUUCAAGACGGGCGCCUUUUCGGAGCGCCAGGGCAGCACCAUCGGCGUCGACUUCACCAUGAAGACGCUGGAGAUCCAGGGCAAGCGGGUCAAGCUGCAGAUCUGGGACACAGCCGGCCAGGAGCGGUUCCGCACCAUCACCCAGAGCUACUACCGCAGUGCCAACGGGGCCAUCCUUGCAUAUGACAUCACCAAGAGGAGCUCCUUUCUGUCAGUGCCUCACUGGAUUGAGGAUGUGAGGAAGUAUGCUGGCUCCAACAUUGUGCAGCUGCUGAUUGGAAACAAGUCGGACCUUGCUGAGCUCCGAGAGGUCCAGCUGGCUGAAGCACAGAGUCUAGCCGAGCACUAUGACAUCCUAUGUGCCAUUGAGACUUCUGCCAAGGACUCCAGCAAUGUGGAGGAGGCCUUCAUGAGGGUGGCCACCGAGCUCAUCAUGAGGCAUGGAGGCCCCAUGUUUAGUGAGAAGAGCACCAACCACAUCCAACUGGACAGCAAGGAUAUUGGGGAGAGCUGGGGCUGUGGAUGCUGACCAGGGUGCAGGGCAGGCAGGGCAGGGGCUUCCCAAUCUCUUUUCUCUCUGGCCUGCCAAGCCCAGCCCUCCAGGGCACCAGCCAUUCUAGAGCUGCUGGGUAAAGCCCUGGGAUUCUGCAUCCCUGGCCUGGAUGCCUAGCAGAAAUGGAGAAGCAGGACACCCUUUGUAAGGAGGCCUGUGGGCACAGGGCAGGGCCCAUCCUGCCAGGCAGCUGUGUCCCUCCACAUUCUUCACAUUCCAGGACUGUGGUAGGAGAGGGGCCAACAUGUGCCUCUUAGGUCUCCAACAUGCAAAUUUUGCUCAUCUUCUACCUUGACUGCUGCUUUCCAGGGACAUGCUGGUGCCCCGGAUUCUUACAGGUCAUUCUGGGGCCUCCAUCUGGAGCACAGAGAGCAAGAUCAACCAGACCAAUAGACUGGUGCCUGAGCACCACCCCAGGGAAGGCUGAGCUCACCCAGGUGGAAACGACUGCCUUCCUUCACUGCCAGGUUGGAGCUCACAGACAACUCCUUGGCUCACUGCCUUACCAAGACCUCUUGGGUUUUUCUGGUUUUCCAUGUAGCUUCUCGUUUGGAUGGGCACAAGUGUGGGGUCAUGGCUCAUGACCAGCUGGGGACUGUGCUGGCUUGGGGCCCAAAAUUUUGCCAGGCAAGUUGCAAAAAACAGCUGAUCUUUCAGCACUUGCUCUUGGAAGUUAGAGAGUAGUGGGAUGAGAUAGGAAAGUGAACAUUCAAGGUAAAAGAAGGAGGUGGGGGGGUGUACUUUAUGCUUAGCAUGUGCGAGACCCUGGGUGCAAUCCUUAGCACCAAAACAAAACAAAAAAAGAAGCAGCUUGUAUUGUAUUGCUGAUAUCUGAGGGCUGGGCACCCUGCCUUACUCCAUGUGCAGAAAUCUUCCCUGCCCUGAUCAGGAGUACCUGUCCCCCACUGGUUUUGAGAGUUUCUCAAAAAAAGUGAGGCCCUGAUGGUCCUUGGCCUGAGGGAUUGCCUCAACUGUGCCAGGUGCUGAGGUUAGAAGUUAGAAGGUAUGUGCUAUUCUCUGGGUGAGGGCUCGCAGUGAUUGGUUGAGGGGAACUCUGGGGAACCAGAGAUCUGCCCAAGCCAGGUCCUUCAUGUUAGCCCAGUUUUGUCCUGCCUUCUUCAACAUGGGCCUCCCAGAAAUAAACUUUCAGAACCAUGGGUGUCAGUCAUGGUCCAGAUCCCCAGCCAGAAGGGCCAUGUUCAGCCCAGUACAGGGGCAGGGACCCUAGACUGCCCUUGCUUCCACUCGAAGCACUUAGUUUGUCAGCCCCCUUUCCCAGGAGGACAUGCAGGCCAGAACCUGCAUUGAGGGGUUGCUCCAUGUAGGGAUGAUGCUCACUGUGCUUGUGGCAAGGGUGAGAGCUGCAUGGGGCCUGGGCCCAGCCUGCUGCUUUCAACUUGCGGGGAAAGCUGGUGCCUUCCCCAGCCCCUGUAUUGCAGAGCCUGGGCCCACCCUGCAGGGUAGACAGUGCCUAGCACCAAGGGUGCCCUUUAGGCCUUGUGAGGUCCUCAGACCCAUCUGGGACUGGGUGUACCAUGAAUAGAGCUUCCCUCUAGCCCCACAACUUCUGUGGACUGUUUUGGGGGUUACAUAGUCAGGAGGGGCAGAGCUGAGCUUUCAUUGUAGGUCCAGGCUGGAAGAGAACUGGCAUGAAGCCUGACGCUAUCUUGUUGAUGCUGGGAAACUUGCCAGGAGUCUUGGUCCUGCAUUCAGUGCUCAAAUGGAAGCCCCAGUUCUAGGACAAGUCUGGCCAUCUGAGCACAAGUACUGACUGCCCACUGCUACCUGCUGCCUACUUCUGAGAAGCCUUGCUGUCUGCUGCAGGCCUGGGGCCUCCUAGGGAUGGGCCCUACCAGGACAGUAGGGGCCCUCAACUCCCCAGGGUCUAUGGGAGGGAAGACAGAGGCCACUUGAUCUACAGGGCCCUCCACCAUAUCCUUUGCAGGGAUGGUAGUGGAUGUGAUGGAGCAAACUUGUCACCUUGGGCCACCACCCUUCCAACCUCCAAGUGCUGGAGGUCUGAAGCCUGCAAAGUGAGGAGAGAACCACUGGGCCAGCUUGGGCCCAGGAAGCCCUUCUCGCUAGUGGCCUGUUUGCUCAUCCAGCAACCCAGGAAGGCCUAUCUACUUCUUCCCCUUUCUUGAUCCCAAGAAAUGUGGGUUAGGUGAAUCCCUGCCUUCUGUGAACAUGGAUAGGAGCACACUUAUUCCAGGAGGUUAGCCUAGACAUCCAAGUUUACCUUGGACUCCCUGCUUUCUCCCUCUGCUCCCCUGCUACCACCUGGCCUUCUGCCUGGCUUCUUACCUGAAUACCUUGCUGUCCUCUGGGUUCCAAUUCUAUUGUCAGGUGGCAGGUCUGAAAGGUCAUACCAGGUCCAGGGCCCUGAGGAUGUCCAAGCUCUGCCUUGCAUCUUUACCCCAGCACCCUCUGUCUUGUGUGGGACAACCUGGCCUCUCAGCCCUCACUCCGCCCCCGGUCCCUCUUCCUUUACCAUCCCUGACCUUUUAUUCAUGUGACUUAGAGUCCCACAAAUGACCAGCGGUAGAUCUGAGGAGAACUGGCCCCUCCUUGACCUCAGGUGUCACCCCCUAGAACAGGUUCUUUCCUUAACCCUAACCCCAUGACUUGCAAGUUUCCCCAGAAUCUUGAGCUGAAGCCAUUUCUACUACCACCUGUUCUCAUACACUAAUGCGAGGGGCAAGAGGCUUAGGCCCUCUGUGGGGGCAUCUGCCUUGCUACAUCAUAUGAGGAGAACUCUGAUCCUCCAGGCCUUAGGCCUCUGUCAAAGGAGACCUGGGUUUGAGUACUAGAAAAUGGGGAAAUGUGACAGAACAAAAACAACCUCUGUUUCCUUCCCUGUGGCAACUUGGCAGGCCCCCAGCAGCCCAGGCCUCUGGGACAAGAGAACAGCUUAAAUCUCUUCCUUUGUUUAUAAAUUACUCAACAGUAGCAGGGCAGGUGGAGAAAGGUGGCCAGGAGAGAGCAGGGGGAGGUAGGGGAGGACUGGGGUGGUGCUCUGCAGGAAGAGGAGAGAGUACAGGGAGAGGCGGAAGUGUAGAGGAGUAGGGAAAAGAGAAAGCAAGGGGAGCAUCAGGAGGCUUGGAGGGGAGGAACAGCUAGAGGAGGUCUGGGAGGCCAGGUGACAUGGGCUUGAGCUGAGAGAAACUGCCAUUUUUGCAGCCGGAGUGAAGCAGGGAGGGACAUGGAUCCUGACCCCCAAACCAGAGAGGAGACUCUAGUCCUCCCAGGAAGGGAGUUGGCCCCAGGGACAGGCCCCUGUGGGUAAGAAGCUGGAGGAAGCUCUCCAUUUUCACAUUGAGCUCAGUUUCUCUCCCUCCAGGAGCACUGCCAGGACUGGGGCUCCUCCAGCCAGACCCUCACCCUCAGGGCCUAGAAUGGGGAGGAGGGGCGGGGCUCAGCCAGCCCAAGAAUGCAUUUAUUUUGGGAAAUUUUCAUGUUACCUAUUUAUGAGUAUAUAAAUCUUUAUAUCAAGUCUAUUUUUUAAAACACGGAAAUUGCCUUUAUGGAGACUUUGCAGAGCCAUGGUGUGUACACAUUCCUCAACCAUUAAACAGAUUUCUAUACUGAGACAACAGCACAUCAGACUGGUCCUCUCACCUUUGAGCCCACAGCUAGUCCAGGUGCCCACCUGCCCUGCCCAGUGGCCUCCCUGGAUUAGUCUCCAGGCUGGGGGAGGCAGGUAGGCACUGCCAGUCCCUGCCUGGAGCCUUGCUGACAUCUUCCUUUGGGUUCCAGCCUGAGGCCCCUGAGCAAGAAGCAGCCUAAGGGCAGUAGGGGCCUGCCAGGGGCGCCUGUGUGGUCCUGGGAAAGUCACUGUCCCUUUUUAGACCCCAGGCGUCUUCAUCUAGGGUUGUAUUGGGGAGGUCUCAGGUGCCCAGCCAUGAGGGAGGUAUGGUUCCCUGCUUUUUCAGAUGUACAAGGGCUCAGGCUGCCUUACCUGCUGAAGCCUGGCAGCCUGGGGGAAGCAGAACUGUCAUUCAGAGUCAGGAGCUGAGAGCCCCAUGUGGGUGUACACGGCUCCUGCUCUGUUCCCAGCCAAGAGCAGUGCCAGGCUAUGGCUAGUGCUCAGGGUUUGGUGAGUGCCUGAAUCAGGUGCCCAUGAGCUGGGUGCCCACUCUGGUAACCUGGGCUGGUUCCCUGUCACUUAGACAGGGAUCCUAUGAUGAAAGGGGCUUUCAGGCAGCAGGGCUGCUAUCCUGCCUCCUCGAGGGAGAAGAGGAGGCCAGGAGGGAGACCACCCCCACGCCUGACAAACCAAUUCUGACACAGACUGGCAUGACAGGGUCAGACCAGCCUCCAUCAAGACCCAGGUCUGCCCUGACUAGUGUGACUCCUAAGUCACAAGUCAUUUUUCCUCCCUGGCCCCAGUUUUAAGUGAGAGCUCUCACUUGGCUGGGCCUACAUCCCAGAAGACCUCAUGGGACCUGGGGAAGGGGUUUAGAGCACUGCAGUCCUGGAGUCCUCGGGUCUCAGGGUGGGCUCUCUCUAGGCACAUGCCCUCCUCCCAGGGAGAAGGAACACCUGAUGUGGGAACCUCCUGCUCUCCUCUCGAUGCAAGGAAGAAGCACCAUAGCCCACUGUGCCCCUCAGAAGACAAAUCUGAGUCUGCCUAAACCUGACCACCUAUUUCAUGGCUGCCACAUCAAGGCUGGUGCUUGGGGACCUCUUCUGCAGCCCACGGUGCCCUUCAGCAACUGACCUCAUGUGAAGGAUUCUGUUUCAUAUUACAUUCAAAGAAAUUUGUUCCUCAGCACAGUAACAGCCACAUCUG